AUGCUCAAAUUAUCAAGAACCCUGAGCUCAGUGGUAUCGGGCACACGCAAUUCGCCUAAUUUUAGGACGUAUUUGAGAUUGAACGAUGGGAAAAUAGGAUCGUUCUUUCAUGACGUCCCACUGGGCCUGGACAAAGGAAAGCGUAUCGCCAAUAUGGUGGUAGAGAUCCCAAGAUGGGUCAAUGCUAAAUACGAAAUCUCCAAGGAUAUCAAGGCCAAUCCAAUCGUCCAGGACACGAAAAAAGGAAAGCUAAGAUACCUUAACAAUAUCUAUCCGAACCAUGGAGCGCCACACAACUACGGUGCUUUUCCGCAAACUUGGGAGUCUCCGCUGGAGUCGUCCUCGCUGGUCAAUCAAGAUAUCUUCGGAGACAACGAUCCACUAGAUGUCAUUGAUAUUGGUCGUCACGUGUCUCCCACGGGGACUGUCAAACCUGUCAAGAUUCUCGGGUCACUCGCCCUGGUUGACGACGGCGAAUUGGACUGGAAAGUCGUUGUCAUCGACACGAACGACCCCUUCGCUGCCGAGCUGAACGACAUCAAAGACGUUUACGAGAAAAUGCCAGGAGUUUUGGAGAACCUGAAGAGAUGGUUUGAGGUGUACAAGAUCCCAACAGGCAAGCAGCCGAACUCUUUCCUGUUUGACGGCAAUUACAAGGAUACCGAGUUUACCCUUAAAGUUGUGCAAGAGUGCCACGAAAGCUGGUACAAGCUGGUCAUGGGUGAGCUUCACGGGGACAAUCUUCCAUCAACAGAGAAUGCUACGUUGCCGCAUACCAAGGGCAACACCGUGUUUGGUGUGGAUAUUGAGAUUUCGCAGACAGAAGAACAAGUGCCACCGGAAGUCAAUGAUAUGAGCUUCAUCAAGUAG